AAUAUGGCGGCCUCCAUGAAACAUGCUUCCGGUGAAGAUUCAAGUUCUGAUGAGGAUGACUCUCGUUUCAGAGAGGCUGUUGUGGAAUUUCCACAAAAUCAAGUCAAUACAGGUCCUUCUGGCACAUCGGGUCAAGAUGGAGCUGUCAAUCAUAAAGUUCAACUUGCACAGAAGCCAUCUCUCAGGAAUAUCAACACUUUACAUGUUGAUGAAAAUGAGUUGAAGGCAACCCCAGAAUUCAAGGAACAUAUUGCAAAGAACCUCACUGCACUUUUAGAUAGACAGAUGGAGUGUGUAACAGAAGAGGACAAUUCUACAAACAAGGAUGAGGAUAUCACUGAAGCAGAAUGUAGUGGAAGUUUCAAGUUACUCUCAGACGUGUUGAUAAAGAAUGAUGUCACAACAAACUCCUUAGAUGUUUGGAAAAAACAAAAGCCACCAAAGAUAAAAAAGCGCAAGAAAGACAAAUAUUAUUGUGAAAGUGAUGAUGAGUCAACUAAAGUGGCCCAAGCAGCUGUGACACAGCAGUUUGUCAUUGAACAAGGAAAACAGCUGCUUGCAUGGGAAGCGUCCUAUCGUGUUCCUGACUCAGAAAAUCCCAAAAUAACUGUUAUACGUAGAAAUAGUUCAAACAGUGAGACAGACAAUAUCGAUGACAUUAACCAAAAUACUGAAAUUAAAAAUAAUGCAGAAUUAAAUAGUGAGUGUUUGGAUACUGAAAUUAUUUCAAAAGUUCAUGACUUGAAAGAUGUGAAAAAAUGUGACACUGGGGUGCAAAGUGAAAAAAAGAAAGCAAAGAAGAAAAGGAAAAAGACAUUAACUGGUGGUGAUGAUAAAUGUGAAAGAUGUAAAAGAACUCAAUGUAAUUGUAGAGUGCAAUCAGAGGAGAAAAAGCAUAAGACUAAGAAAAGAAGGAGAAAAUCAGGAAAGGGGAAACUUGUGAAUCCAGAAGAUAAUGAUACUUAGUAAUAACUGGUGGUUUGUGCUUUUUAAGAAGUCCAGAUACAUUAAGUUAAAAUUAACAGAUAAAAACCUUUUGACCAGUAUUCGACUAUGCGUAAGGCUCAGUUUAUUUAUCAAUUCCCAAAUUCUAGUAUGCCUAACUGGUGGAUAUAUAGUCAUGAAAAAAAUAGAUCAUCACUUUGUUUUGUUAA